AGCGAGCUAGCGCGCAUGCGCAGUACGCUUCCAGUGAUGGCGGUUGCUCGUGUGUUCCAGAAUCUGUGAGAAAGUUCGAGAUUAACGGUACUCAGGCGUUUAUUAGCGGUGUGAUGGCGCUCUGCUCAGAGUAACUACACCCUCAGACACACUCUAACACCCAGCGCAGAGUCACGAUGGCAGAAGGAAACCGACGUCACCCUCAGAAUUUGCAGGGAGUCCUGCGAUUGGCUGUUGAUGCAGGCUCCGCCUCCGAUGGCCCCGCCCCCUCACAGCCCAUGUCUCAGGAGAGGAUGGAGUUCCUGCAGGCCGCUCUGUCCGAGGUGUGUAAGGGUCAGCUGGACGAGGUGGAGCAGAUGAAGCGGUGUGUAUCAGUGCUCCUGAAGGAUGACACAGAAAGACGAGAGGACGAAGAGGACGAGGACGAGAAAGAGGUGGCGCUCGAGGCGCUGUGUGACCUGUGUGACAACAUGGACAAUGCAAGAGACCUGAUGAAGCUGGGCGGGCUGGACGUGUGUGUGUCUCGGUGUGUGUGUCACAGCGAGGCAGGUGUGCGGUGGCGGGCGGCUGAGCUGUUGGCCUGCUGCGCUCAGAACAUGCCCGAGGUACAGCUGUACCUGCUCCAGCAGGGGGCGCUACACACACUGUUGCAGCUCACCGACCAUGACGCACACACCACCGUGCGCGUCAAAGCACUCUAUGCAGUGUCCUGCCUCGUGCGGGAACAGGAAGCGGGACUGAGUGAGUUCCUGUCACAUGACGGGUUCUCGGUGCUGAUGAGAGGGAUGCAGUCAGAGUGCGACAAGCUGCGAACCAAAUCAGCCUUCCUGCUGCUCAACUUACUGACCAGUCACCCCGAGCACAGAGAUACAGUCCUGUCUAUGGGGAUGGUACAACAGUUGGUAGCAGUGCUGCGUUCUCCACACUCCUCUGUACAUGAACAUGUCCUUGGCGUCCUCUGCUGUCUGGUAGGGGACAGUGAGCGUGGUGUGUGUGACUGUAGAGAACCCUCUCUGGGUUUGGAAGAUCUGUUGAACCAGAGGAUAAGCGACCUGCAGGGUCGAGAGGAGAGCCAGGAGGAGGUGGAGUUUUGUGAGCGAUUGCGAGCAGCUUGUUUCCAAGCUCCGCCUCAGGAGGAUAACACAAUGGAUCGUUGAGUUCCUAUUGGUUCGACGUUAAUCACUGCCGUGCAGCGAUCGGCCAGAAGGACGGACAGAUAUUAUGUUUAUCCUCUUUCUGGUGGAAAAAGGACUGAAACAAAUGGAAAGAUUCUAAUGUAGUUUGUGUUUUAUGAGACUUGUGUUUAUGUACGUGUACACACUGUGCAAAUCAAUUGGUUUACUCUGGUUAAUAAUUGCGCGUGUAAUGUUUUGCUGUAAAUCUGAGAAUGCCAUUAAAAAGGCUAAUGACUUA